AGAUUGAGGUGUUAUUGCUGGAGAUGCAGGAUGCAGAGGCAGGAAUAAAGACGCACACCCAGCGCCUGAUGAUCACCACCAUCCCUCAUGCAGUCACAGGUCACGAUAUCCUGGAGUGGCUGAUUCAGAGGUUACAGAUUGGAGAUGAAGAGGGGCAGCAUCUGGGCAAUCUGAUGGUGAAAUGUGGCUACAUCUACCCUCUGCAGGAGCCCUCCAACCUCAUCCUGAAGCCAGAGGCCAGCCUGUACCGCUUCCAGACUCCAUAUUUUUGGCCAACGCAGCAGUGGCCAGCAGAGGACACCGACUAUGCGAUUUACCUGGCGAAGAAGAAUAUCCGAAAGAAGGGGAUUCUGGAGGAGUAUGAGAAGGAAAACUACAGCAAUCUGAACAAGAAGAUUAACCACAAAUGGGACUUUGUCGUCAUGCAGGCCAAGGAGCAGUACAAGGCGGGGGAAAGAGCGGAAGAAGGCGGACCGGCUGGUGCUGGAUUGCCAGGAGAAGGCGUAUUGGCUGGUUAAUCGGCCACCACCGGGGAUGCUGGACGUGUUGGAUUAUGGGAUGGACCGGGCCAAUGACCCCAACGUUGUCAAGAAGAAGACGGUGGAUUUCUACAGACGUGAGAUCAUGUACUAUCAACAGUCUCUGAUGAGAUCUACAGUGAAAUCCUCCGUGUCUGUCAAUGGGAUCCUGAAAUACUGCGAGCAAUACUUCACCCAUGACCCCAUCAUGUCCGGCUGCCUCCCCAGCAACCCCUGGAUCACAGAUGACACCAUGUUCUGGGAGCUGAACGCCAAGCUGGUGGAGGUCCCCACCAAGCUGCGGGUGGAGCGAUGGACGUUUAAUUUCAGUGAGCUGAUCAGAGACCCCAAAGGACGGCAGAGCUUCCAGCAGUUCUUGAAGAAGGAGUUCAGCGGUGAGAAUAUGAGCUUCUGGGAGGCCUGUGAGGACCUGAAAUAUGGUGACCAGUCCAAGGUGAAGGAGAAGGCGGAGGAGAUCUACAAGCUAUUCCUGGCGCCGGGCGCUCGGCGGUGGAUUAACAUAGACGGUAAGACGAUGGACAUCACGGUGAAAGGCCUGAAGCACCCCCAUCGCUACGUGCUGGACGCCGCCCAGACCCACAUCUACAUGCUGAUGAAAAAGGAUUCCUACGCUCGCUACCUGAAGUCGCCCAUCUACAAGGAGAUGCUGAACAAGGCCAUAGAGCCCCAGGAGACUAAGAAGAGCAGUAAUUUCCCGUUCAUGCGGAGACAUCGGCGGUCCAGCCCCAGCCCGGUGAUCCUGCGGCAGCUGGAGGAGGAGGCCAAAGCCAAAGAGGCAGCCAAUACAGUGGACAUCACACAGCUGUGCCAUUACACGGCUCCCAUCCCUCACCUGACCGUCUACACGGGUACCUGCGCUCCUCCAUCCCCCACCAGCCCCUUCUUGUCCUGCCGCCCUAGGAUGGAGCUCUCCAGCCCCUCCCCCGCGCACAUCGCCCUGCCCAACUCCGCCGUCUGCCCCUCCCCCAUCAGCAUAGCUAUAGAGAGCACGCCGGGCGUGGAGAGGAGAUGGGAGGCCAAUGGGGCCGGCGACUCGGACUACCAGUUUCCGUCUUCCACUGACAACACGGAGGCGUCCUUCGGGUCGGAGUCUGGGCCAGGCGCUCACCACCACCAUCUCUCCGUCCCGCUGGACAUCAGGGCCGCGCCCAAAUCCAAAGUCACCCUGUCCUUCAGCAAGCUCCUGAAAAGGGGGUGCUCCAGCUCGCCCGUCUUCGCCACCCUUUCUCCCAAGUGCCCGGCGGUGAAUCAUGGCAAAGUGCAGCCGCUCAACGAACUGGAACAGCAGCUGCAGCACACGUCCAGGAAGGUGACCAACUUCUUCCAGAUAAAGGUGGACAUCCCGGCGGAGAGUCGGAUCUGCCCCAUAGACUCGGAGGAGGAGGACAGUCAGCUGACCUGUAAGGACUCGGUCCAGGAGGUGAUCUGCCCCUGGGAGCACAUCAUAGAGGAAGGUAAAGCUGGCUAG